AUGGCGUCCGACAGCUCCGAGGAAGACGAGCCCAUCGUCAUGGCGCCCGCGACGGCACCGUCAAGCGAUCAGAAUAAAACGUGGAUGGACGAAGACGCCGACGAGGAAGAGGAAGACGCAGAUCUGAGCCAAUUGCAGCGUCAGCACUCGCCCAAGUUUAAGCGCUGUGUGGCUGCCGUGUCCGAGAACGAGUGGGACACGGAAGCGUGGGUCGCCCUCAUGGACGAGGUGCAGCUGCUGCCAAUUGCAGAAGCACGUGAGCACUAUGAGGCGUUUUUGGCGCAGUUUGCCACUGCUGGACGGUGGUGGAAGCUUUAUGCAGCACAUGAAUUACGGGAGAAGCAGUACGGCCGUGUGCAGGAGAUCAUCAAGAAGUCACUCAUGCAGCUGCGCUGUCCCCACGUAGACCUUUGGCGGUUCUAUUUGGACUUUACUAAGGUCGCUAAGCUGGAUGUAGCUGUGGAUUCAAAGGACCCGUUGGCUAUUGCAACUGCUAGAGAGUUAAUGAGUGACGCUUUUGAGUUGGCAAUUGAACGAGUUGGGGGUUCCAUUGACGCUGCACCCAUUUGGCUAACGUACUUGGCCUUCGUGCAGGAAGAACAGGAUCCACAAGCUUUUUUGAAUGUGAGAAAAUUGUAUCAUCGUAUGGUCAUGGUCUCGCUUAAUGGUAUGGAGACUAUCUGGAGAGAUUACGAAAAGUUUGAACGCGCGAUCCCGAAUAAUGAAGCUCUGGCGCAAAACUUCUUCAAAGUGUUCCGGCCCAAGUUUGAUGCAGCGAGAGCAGUGCUGCGAGACCGCGCAAAGCUAUACGAUCAGGUUAAUACUAAUGCGCUAGCAGUGCCCGCGACGAGCUCCCGAGCUGACGCAGCUGAUAUGGCAAACUGGCAGAAUAUUCUUGCACUGGAGAUGAGCAAUCCGGAACGGUUGGACGCUUUGCGUCUGAAGUCCCGCAUGCGCUACACACUCGAGCUUUUUGUGAGUGUGAAACGGCUUUACCCAGAGGCGUGGUAUCAGUACGCGUCGUACGAGAACCAAGUGAACGACCCGGACGCUGCUGUCAGUGUGUUCGAGCGCGCGAUUGCGGCUGUUCCGGACUCAAGCUAUCUGCAUUUUGCAUUUGCUGAUCACUACGAAAUACGCGGAGACAUCGCUGCUGCCAAAGCCAUAUACGAAGAGCUGAUCGAGGCCCACGUCUCCGCGCUUGCAUAUGUCACGUAUCAGCGCUUCGCUCGUCGUGCUUACGGCACGAAGGGGCUAAGUGAGGCCCGUGCGAUUUUUAAGAGAGCACGCAAAGAUGAACGGGAAGGGGCUUGCACGUACCACGUUUUCGCGGCCUCUGCUCUGCUGGAGUUUUACAGUGAUAACUCUGAAAGCGGAAAAGACAUUGCGCUUAAGAUUUUUGAGCUUGGUUUGAAGAAAUGUAUUCAAGAGCCUGCCUACGUACUGUGCUAUCUGGAGUUCCUUGGUCAUCUGAAUGACGAUAAUAAUAUGCGGUCUUUAUUCGAGAAGGUACUGUCUGUCAUGCCUCCAGAGAUAUCACGCCCGAUAUGGGACCGAUAUGUGGAGUUUGAGCACACGAUGGUAGCAAGUGGCGGCGAUCUUGCUACUGUGGCGAAAGUAGAGGCUCGUCGUGCACUAGCUUUUCCGAAUGAACCUUUCGUAGAAAUGAAAGGUUUACUGAGUAUAGCACACCGGUACUCCUUCUUGAAUAUGCGACCACCGACGAGUUGCGACCAGAAUUUCCUCGACAUGUAUCGAGCUUCUUCAUGUGGAGGGUCGUCCGGAGCCAGUCGUGAUGACGCUGAUGAUAAUGACGAAGGAAUGGGAAGUGCUGGCUUUGGGGGUGGCUUCAGUUUUGACAUGGAAAGACAAAUACCAGGCCCUCCACUGCCUGAGUUCUUGAAGGAGUUUGCUAGCAUGCUUCCACUAAACCUGCCCUGGAAUGGGCCGAUCGCCGAUGUGGAGCAUAUCUUCCGCGCAAUGCUGCUUGUCGAUUUUCCUCCCCGUUCGCGCAUCGAGCAAAUGGCGCAGCAGCAGCAACAGCAAAUGCAGCAACAACUAGCGCUCCAGCACCAACAACAACUUCAGCAGCAAGCUGCUGAGGCCGAAAAGAAUGGCGGACUUGGUGACGAUGACGGUGCCUCGGGGGUGGUGAGUAAGCGACCAGCGCACGACAUUUUCCGUUCGCGUCAACAGCAAAAAUUAUCAAAGCUUGGAUAG